AUGGCGAAGACGGCGGGAUGCAGACGACUCCAGCUUCUCCUGGUGUUCUUCAUGUCUUUUAUGACCCUGAGCAGCGCCAAUUUACCACAAUUGGUGGUCCCUUUGCACACCAGCCUACAGGAUCCGGGCCCAAAACUGCAGCAAGCGUUCAAGGAUAGUGUGAUGCUAGCCCGGGUUGUCGCAUUGACAUUCGAUCCUUGCGAAGAAGUGUUCCUGCGCUACUUCACUGCCGAGGAGGCUGAUUUUGUCAAGCAUGCCUUCCGCACAUUGGCAAAUGUUCCGCUCGACGUGAUGAUCAAUGAGGAAACUGAUAUCGGUGGACUUCUCGGCGCGCCCACAUCGCCAGGCACCUUGCAACCAAAAUUCGCCAACCUGGACAUCGCCUUGGGAGACCAUCCGGACAUUCCAGCAGCGGACAGACUCUACGGCCAUUUGUCUGAGGACGGGCUCCUCUUUGAUGCGUAUACAUAUCUUGACGUGGAUGAGUUCGAGCUCAGCGAUGAAGCCAGUCAAGUAGACAUGAUCUCAUUGUGCGAGCAGUUGUUUCAAUUUCCGUCCCUGGACGAAAUUGAGCACCCACCUAAUGAGCCAUGGGCUCGGGAUGCCCAAGGCAAUCCGUUGCCCGGGUUCACAUGCAAUGGUCUCGGCAAUACUGACAGUGACUGGAUGGUCUCUCCCGGCGCCACGCUCCUGCACGAGCUCAUGCACUGGAGUUACCUGUUCAAAGACAUACCUGGGUUUUCUGGGUUGAUCCGGCAGGAUGAGGCUGGCUUGCCGCAGAUCCGUGACUUUUCGCAACCCAACUCCAACCCGCCGGACGGAAUGGGGGCGUAUCAUGCAAGACUGCUCAGAGACCUUGGGCCGUAUACUGCCAUUCAGAAUGCGGACAGCUAUCGCUGGUACGCAUUGUCCAAGUACUGGACCUGGAAAUGCAAGCGAGGAUUUGCAGCGGCCACGAGUGACUUGGACGUCUAUAAAAGGGGUCCGAGGACGAGCGCUAGUCAGCCAGAGAUGGCUGCUGCUGGAGAGGAGGCAAGCGGCACGGGUCAAUAG